AUGAUGGUCUUGGCGUCAGCGGUCGAUACGGACAAUGGAGAUGAGGCCGUCCGUCGGUUCCCGGUGUACUCACCAGGUUUAAUCGAUAAUCCGGGCAGUCGCCAUUUGGAGCACGCGGAUGGUAUAAGGUUAGAUUUGUUUGAUUUACCUUUGCUAAACUCGGUAGAGCGUUUGCGCUUGACUCGGACGCCCCACGGAGUUAGCUGCGUCGUACGGCAUUACCGCGUUACCGGUAAUUGA